GGUGUGUGAGGCUUAUGGGGGCGGCUGCAAUCGGCACUAAUGUUCUGCAAUGUGGGGCUGUAUGUAUGGCGCCAGUGUCAGACUGCAGGGGCUUGGGAUCAGUAGGUUGCUGCACUACAUCAGCCUCCGGGACUUCAGCGCUUCGGGAUACGCCCCCCCCGCACGGCUUGUCCGGGACUCGAACCCAAUAGCAGCCAAUCAGAAGCUUGACCUCCACCAUGACGCAGGGCCUGGAGCGGAUCCCAGACCAGAUGGGGUAUCUGGUAAUGAGCGAGGAUGGAGGGGUGCUGGCGAGCGCCGGUGAUUUGGAGAAUGACGAACGCCUGGCGGGAGUGAUCAGGGAGAUGGUGGCCGUAGCGUGCUCCUUCCGGGAUCUCGGGGACCAGCAGCCAUUCAAACGCAUGAGUAUCGUAUUUGGGGAGCACACGUUUCUCGUCACCAUUUCCGGACAGAAGAUCUACGUGGUGAAGCGGCAGAACGUGGUGCGGGAGCCAAUCAGUGUCUAGCAAAGCCUCACCCUCCAUUCUCGUGCCCAAUAUGAAGUGACUGUACUACACGGCCUAUUUAAUGACCCCCCCACUGUUGCCCUAGCAACCUUUUCCGCAGGAUCGAAUGUUCCAGCUCUCUGCUGCGGGUUACACGGGGGGCUUCCCAUCCCCUAAUAAAUAUAUAUAUUGUUGGUACUGCC